GUUCUCUGUCAGGGCUUUUCCUCUCAGUGCAUUGAAUUUCAUGCUUUUACACUGUGCAUAGUUUGCCCUGAAAAGCUGAAGUCCUCAUACUGUCUGAUAAAUAUGGAUCACUUGAAGCAGUCGUGUUACGAGCUCUCUCUACCCGUGACAGAGAAAAGCAACCCCAUCAGCAGAGAUAUCGACAGAGCGCACAGCAAACAGAUGGUGCAAAUACUGAAACGAUGCGACGCUGAGAUUUUUGAGAAAAAAAUAAAUCAUGACCCAUUUUAUCAGACACUGUAUAGUUUACCUGUCAUCCAAACGAUGGUGGAUGUUGCAAAGAGGGUUGAAAUGAUUCUGAGGGAUCCAGAGGAGAGUUUGAUUGUAUUAAGUGGUUGUGGAACAUCAGGCCGUAUCGCAUUUCUUUUGAUGACGUCCUUUAAUGAGAUGUUGAAGGCCCAAAGACAGAAACAGAUCUGUUCGUACAUCAUGGCUGGAGGUGACAGGGCCCUGCUGACAUCACAGGAGGCUCCAGAGGACGACCCGGGGCUCGGAGCUCGCAUGCUGGAGAAGGUUUGUGCAGGAAAGAAGGACGUGCUGUUCAUUGGAAUAUCCUGUGGCAUGUCGGCACCAUUUGUUGCUGGGCAACUGGAUUUUUGUCUGAACCACUUAGACAUCUUCACCCCAGUGCUUCUGGGAUUCAAUCCCGUACAUAUGGCGAGGAGUGAGCAAAUGCAGGACUGUUCAUUUCACUUUAAAGAUGUUGCCGAGAGGAUGGCGGCAGAGCAGAGACAUAAAAAAGCAUACGUGCUAAAUCCUGUGUUGGGGGCUGAGGCCAUCAGCGGAUCGUCCAGGAUGAAAGGAGGCAGUGCAACAAAAAUCAUUCUGGAAACUGUUCUUCUGGCCGGACAUGAAGCUGCAUUUAGAGACAAGAUGAUGACACCUGAAUAUAUGUCUGCCUGGAUCACAGCGAGUGAGAUGGUUUAUGACACUACUUACUCACGCAGUGAUGACCUUGCAGCCCUUAUUCACAAAGCAGGAGAGAGCCUUCAAAUGAAAGCACAUGUGUACUAUCUUGGAUGGAAAACUCUUGGCAUUAUAGGAAUGACUGAUGCCAGUGAAUGUAUCCCAACAUAUGGAGCAGAUUUUGGUGACAUCAGAGGUUUCAUCAACAACGGUUUCAGCGAAAUGAAAAACAAAGAAGGAGAUCUAUCAUGUUUGGGACCAGAAUUCAUAAUUGGUCACAAGGAUUUUGUGGACACCAUCUUACAUAGCCUGAGUCAAAAUGACAUGAUCUUAUUUCUGUUUACAGUGAAUGAUGACCUACAUGAGGUGACGGCGCUGGCCAAUCAAAUAAGGCAAAUGACAUCUAAUUUGCAUGCAAUUGCUCAUGACCUUGAGAAAUUCACCAUUCCUGAAACAGUUUGCCACAUGUUUGAAACGGUCCUGAAUAUCACAUGGCCUUUUUCUUCAGCGAAGGACAACUCAGUAAUGUUUCAAUCCUUCUUUAAUUUACAGAGACAGCACUGGGAGCUUUCAACCAAAUUGUGUCUUAAUGCAAUCAGCACAGGAGCUCAUGUACUGAAGGGAAAAGUCUAUAUGAAUUACAUGAUAGAUCUCAGAGUAACUAACAGCAAGUUGUACAGGAGAGCCAUCAACAUUUUACAGCGGUUCACAGGCUGCUCCAAAACCGAGUGUGAAAGUGCUCUACUGAGAGCCGUCUACAGCACAGAUGAUCUGACUGAAGACAUGACAGCAGCAGAUGUCCACACACACACUGAUGCAGCUAACAAACGGGAGCGAGUGGUCCCGACUGCACUGGUGAUGAUCCAGAGUGGCUGCACUCAUGCUGAGGCACAGCGUCAUUUGGACUGUCAUCCUGUAAUUCGAGAUGCAGUGAGCGCCUGCCUCAACUCCUCAAAAACAAGAGCACUGUGGACUGAACACACGAUAAAAUGAUGCAGAAAUGUUACAAUUAUGUAUGGUUUCAUAUAUAC